AUGAAAGAAGCUAGAUUUAAGGUGUCUCUGUCAAGAAAUUCAAAUUCGAAAUCAAACCCAUUGUCUCGUAUACCAAAAUUUUCAGGUAAUAUUAAAUAUUGGUCAGAUUUCUGGAGAAAGUUUGAGAUUAAUGUGGAUAAAAAUAGCGAUUUUUCUGAUAAGCAAAAAUUGGAAUACUUAAAAGAAGCCGUUGUUGGCUACGCGAAAAAGGUGGUAGACAAGUAUACAAUAACGGCAACUAACUAUUCAGUAGUCAAAAAUGUUUUAAGACAGAAGUUUGAUAAACCUGACGAAGCAGUGAAAAUUUUAACAGACGAGCUGAGUAAACUGCCCAAAGCAGAUUCUGGAUCACUUAUAGGAACCGUGCAAAAAAUUGAUAGAAUUUUGCAGUUACUGCAAGCGAUUGGAUUUGAUGUUAACACUCGCUUAAUAGAAAUCAUGAUAGAAGGUAAACUUCCAGACUAUUUGUUAGAAGAUAUGAACAAAAAAAAAAAGGAGAAUGUCGAGUGGACGACAAUGAAUUUACUGAAGGAGCUCAAAGAAGUUGUUUUCAGUUACCAAGCGGCUGUUGACACAGUGCAUAAAUCAAAUGCUGCUGGGAAUUCUGUGGGUCAGUCAAAAAGGUCUCGAGCUGUCAGCAAAGGUAGAUCUGAGCCGCCAAGUAAACCAGAUAAUGCUAAUGCUAAACUUGGACCAAAGAGUAACUCUAGCAAUAACUUGGGAGGUUUCUCUGCCAGUACUGAAUCUCUUAAUGUCUCUCAAAUAUGCUGUUUCUGUGAGGGUUGCCACAAAAAUCAUCUUUGCACUGCAUAUACUACGGUUCAGGCAAGGAAGAAUCGUGCCCAGCAACUUAAGUUAUGUCUUGGAUGCCUCCGAAAGGGACACUUAUUUAGUCAGUGCAAAAUGCCACUAAAGCCGUGUUACGGUUGCGGUUCUCGGCACAACUCAGCGUUCUGUAAUGCUUCAGAAAAUAAAACCAGGAGUAGCGGUAAAGUCACUGUGCCUAGUUUAAAGCAGGAGCAAAUAAUUGUAACCGAUGUUUCAACGUCUUCACCAGUUGUGCCUUCAGCGUUUAUUGAUAAUUCUGUUACUAGAACCAUUCUGCCAAUGUGCGUCGAGGCCGUCGUAACUAAUCCAUGGGACUUGCUGUCAGGAAAAAAAGUUGUUGUGCAGUUUAAUAAAAAUUUUGAGGGAACUUUUGUUGUCGAAGAGUUUGCAAAAGCUUUAGGAAUUAUUGGAACAGAGGCACCAGUUACAACAGUAGUGAACAGUUUUACAGCUAGUGGUGGAGCAGCUCAGAUAUUGGAGCCUGUAGAACUGGGGAUAUGGCAAAAAGAUGGUAAUCUGGAAAUUAUCAAAGCGCGACCAGUUAGAGGUUUCGGUACAAAAUUGCAGACGAUCUUUUUAACAGAAAAUGAAAUUCCAGAUCUUAUGAUUAGCAGCCAUCUUUCAAAACCGCUGGUAUGGCAUCAGCCACAAGUCUAUAUAGGCUCAAAUUAUUUUUAUAAAUUUGUAAAAAUGGAACAUCAGACAAAGUCAGGUUUUAUGUAUCACGGUACGCUUCUGGGUCCGUCUAUAAGCGGAAAUGGAUUGAUUAAGAAAGUUGAGAAAGUAGAUCGCAAGCUCGAGGAUGAGCUUGCAGAAAUGCGCCGCGCUGUUGAUGAACUGUGGACACUUGACUCUGAUAAGAAAAUAGAUUCUGGUGACCGUAGAAAAAGCUAA